UUCAUUUCUCAGAGGGAGGAGGAGAGAACAGCGACGCCCCUCCCCUUGCAGUGAGCGCGCGCACAGCUGUCGCGCUCUCGGACGCGACUGUUUCACUCCACGCUGCUGAAGCUGCACGCGGACUAUCACGCGGACCUGCUGCUGGUUUCGGACCGCCGAUCCUGUCUGUUGCUUCAGGACUUCUGGCCUUCUACAGCAUCACUCGGACUGAGGAGGAAGCCGCCGGUCUCUGCUGGCAGUUUCUGCCUCUCUGUCACUCUUCCUCUGGUCUGUGAAGUCAUGGCCACGUCCCUCAUCAGCCGCCAGCUCGCUCUGCCGCUGCAGAGGACCCUGUGGCUCAGAGCUCCAGGAUGCAGAUAUGUGAGCAAGACUGCAGCCAAGACCCACGUGGAGUUCGACUACGAUGGACCCUCCAUGAAGACGAGCGUCCCCGGACCUCGAUCACAGGAGUUGCUGAAACAGCUCGGAGAGAUUCAGAACGUGGGGGCCGUCAAUUUCUUCUGCAACUAUGAUGACAGCAGGGGAAACUACCUGGUGGACGUGGACGGCAACCGCAUGCUGGACCUCUACACGCAGAUCUCCUCCAUCCCCAUUGAGUACGUUUGUAAACCGGCCCGCUCUGGGAAUCCUGCCCCCCGAGAACUUCCCGGACAAAGUCACCGAGAGUCUUCUCUCUGUGGCCCCCAGUGGGAUGAGUCGAGUCCAGACGAUGGCCUGCGGGUCAUGCUCCAACGAAAACGCCUUCAAGUCCAUAUUCAUCUGGUACCGGAACAAGGAGCGAGGCAUGAGUGGACCUUCUGCUGAAGACUUGAGCUCCUGCAUGAUGAACCAGGCUCCUGGCUGCCCUGAUCUCAGUAUUUUGUCGUUCAUGGGAGCUUUCCAUGGGAGAACCAUGGGUUGCUUGGCAACAACUCACUCUAAAGCCAUUCACAAGCUGGAUGUGCCGUCCUUGGACUGGCCCAUCGCCCCGUUCCCGAGGCUGCAGUAUCCUCUGGAGCAGUUCAGCAGAGAGAACGAGCAGGAGGAGGCCCGCUGCCUGGAAGAGGUGGAGGACCUGAUCGUGAAGUGGAGGCAGAAGGGCAAACCUGUUGCAGGCAUCGUGAUCGAGCCCAUUCAGUCUGAAGGUGGAGAUAACCACGCCACCGCAGACUUCUUCAGGAAACUCCGCAGCAUUGCCCGAAAGCAUGGCUGUGCGUUCCUGGUGGAUGAGGUCCAGACUGGUGGAGGAGGCACAGGAAAGUUCUGGGCUCAUGAGCACUGGGGCAUGGACGACCCCGCCGACAUCGUCUCUUUCAGCAAGAAGCUCCUGACGGGGGGGUACUUCCACAAAGAGGAGCUGCUGGCGGAUAAGCCGUACCGCAUAUUCAACACCUGGAUGGGGGACCCGUCCAAGAACCUGUUCCUGGCUGAAGUCCUGAACGUGAUCCGCAGGGAAAACCUUCUGGAGGAAGUGAGCCGCUCCGGGAAAGCUUUGAUGAACGGCCUUUAUGAGCUGCAGGCUCAGUUCCCGGACUUACUGAGCCGAGCUCGAGGCCAGGGGACCUUCUGUGCCAUCGAUGUUCGUGACGCUGAGACCCGCGAGAGGAUCAUGCAGCAGACAAGAGACAAAGGGGUCAUCCUCGGAGGAUGUGGAGAGAAAUCCAUCCGUUUCCGUCCGGCGCUGAUUUUCAAGGAGUAUCACGUCCACCUCUUCCUCAACAUCUUCAACGACGUGCUGGCUCAGCACAAAUAGAGGGCUCAUAUUUACAGUUGGUCCAGAGUGCAGAGGGGGGUGGGGGGUCAUACCCAGAACCACACACAGAUCAACAAAUGUCACUAAAAUGCAGCUCAAAGCAGGUCAGUGAUGACUGUCCAGUCUGAGACGGCUCUGCUUCUUCAUGUUUUAAUUCUCUUCUGGACUUUCCUGUGUUGACCCCGAAGAGCCGGCGAGCAGCCACGCCCCCUCCUGUAAAUCCAUGCUCUCAUGCCAUUUUCUUCCACGUGGAUGUGAUCGUUGGUUUGCUGUUUCAUCCAGCUGUAAAGCCACAUGUCAACAGUCUGUUUCUUGUCAGUUCUCUGGUUCAGUGUUUCCAGAUGUUGUGAUGAUGUAGAGAUUUGGAAAUGAUUGAACCUGAUGGAGCAGGCUGAAGCGUGAAGAGCACAGUCAUCAGCACAGGCCCCGCCCCCCGUAACCCCCAUUGUGGGAAAAAAAACGUGCACUUUUCCAAACAGACAAGCCAGCUUGAUAGACCUCACCGCCUGUGACAGGCCAGAUUUUGAAGUCCCCUCCCCAGCGCUGUUAGGAUGAGCUGCUGAUGCUGGUUUUACACAAACUUCAGACUUAGGCACUCAGGGAUGAUAACACCAUGAAAGAUGUCAGCUCCAGCACAAGCAGGCAUGCUGCCAUCAUGAUUGGUGGUUCCUUCACAUCUCUGAAAGGACCCCUCAGACUCUACAAAAGAAGUCAACCUGCAUGUCGAUUAAGCCGUCUUAAAUGACCACAAAAAUGUCAUCGACGAUCCUGUGCCUCCAUUUUACUCUUUCUAUAUCAAUACUAAAGUAAGCUGAAGUCAAAGCACUCAUCGGACCCGUCCACCUGUCAGCAGUAACUGAUGAGUUCUGAUGAAUUCCAGAAGCGAAUGUUUUAUCCUCCUGUCGCUGCACAAACAGAGGAGGUCAUGACCUCCAGACCCCAAAGGUUAGCCUUCUACUGAAAUUAUACAAUCACAAAGGUGUGCUUCUGUGACUGUUUUUGCUUGCUGUUGCCUGCAGCGCCCCCCGAAGGCCGAUGUAGCAUGUUCAUCUUGUGCCUGCAUGAGUUCUGGCUCAUUUGUCAAAACAUUUGUCAAACAAACCUGCAUGAUAAGCAACCAGCCAAUCAGGCUGGAAGAGCCCCCCCACACAGACACCUGUUUCCUGUUAGACAUUAACCCUUUAACCCUGACGCUUAAACACAAAAUCUUUAACAUACUGGAACUUUUCAGCCCUUAACGCAAUUCCAGUAGAUUGUGAAGGAGAAAAUCGUCUUCUCCUUCACAAUCUACUGGAAUUAUUGUUGAAAAGUUGCAAUAAAUCAAAGAACGUAAACACUGGCGCUCCGGUGUUAAAGGGUUAAAGCCAAGAUGAAAUGACAGCCACAGCGGAGCAGGACAGAGAAUCGCUUACAGCAAAGCUCCUUGAGGGGGCGCUGUGAGCUGGAGACAGCCUGCAGAUGGCCUCAAAUUUCCAUGGAGAAUGUGAUCAGCUUCAUGAAUAGUCUUAACCAAAUUCAUGUCUUUCAUAUUAUAAUCAAAUAAACUAUAUGUAUAAAUAUUCUAACAUAUUUUUUAACGCAUUAAUGACAGAACUUUAUGUAAAGUCAGUUCUGCUGGAAAGAAGAGAGGCCAGGGUUGGUGGCGCCACCUGGUGGUGAUGCACUGCCUGCCUCUGGGGUCGGUCUGGAGGUUCUCUAACAUCCUUAAGAGUGACGACUUGCACUUGUAAUCUCUGAUAGAUGAUUUAUGAUGUAAUUAUUGUAGAUUGUUCUUACUGUGAUUCUGUUCAUGUUUGUGAAAAAUAAAGUUUUUGGUAACGCA